AUGAGUUGCCCAUUUGAGCCUGAUUUUGAAAUCGCCCCGAACGUGACUUUCUCCGCCUUCGAGAAGACCCGCGAAGAAUGUCCAAAGACCUAUUUGCGCUCCGCAUCAGGUGGAAGCAUGAUGCCGUGGUUAUUAGUUCUUUUCUUGUUGCUGUUCCAUUUACCUUCUUGUAUCAUCCGUGCUGUUAGAUGGGAAUCAGCUCAAUAUCUGGCUCUAGGUCUUGCAGUACUAGCCAUUGCAUUUACUGUACAGGCCUACCAGAGUACUGCACUAAAGCCAAGCGAGGUGCUGGUAUGGAUGCCAUUGACGCUGGUGCUAGAUGCUGGAGCCAUGCUACAGAUGGUGGUUCUCAUCAUCGAGAAACACGAUGGUGGCGUGAGGGAACUUUGGGCAGCAGUCCAACACAUGCUUUCCUCCGCUAAGCAUGCGGUCCUGGUAGGGCUAUUUUCAUCGAAGAGGGCAGAGCGCACACCGAAUGAGACACAAGAAACCACCGACCCACUUUUGGUUACGAGCGAUCCAAACCAUCAGGAAACACGAUCGGCCACUCAAAAUAUCUCAGACGUCGAAGCUCAAGCAUCACUCCCGCCCUUUGCCGAGAAACAGCAAACUCCCGCACCUGGCACUCUCCGUUACGCCAUUGUCGCGUUCUUCGCGUUCAUUUUCCUCCUAACACUCGUCGUCCUCCAACUCUACGGUCUCCAUGCUGCUGUCGUCGGGCGGCGCCAAAAAGACUUCUCAGUCUUCUGGUGCUCACCUUCAUUCCGCGACUUUGCCGUUGCCAUAACGACAGGAAAUUGCGAAAGAUACAUCGUCGUUGACUCGAUCAACGGCAUCGGAUGUAUCUCACUGCCAGCUAGCCAGCAAUCUGACUGGCUUCUCGGUACUAUCAUUGCGCUCGUAACAGCGCUCAUCUGCCAACUGCUCGACACUGUCUUGCUCAAGUGCACAGACAGCGAGACAAGGUACCGAGGCGUGAAAGUGCAGAGACCGUGGUUGACGAUGUUUGGGGGUAUGGUUAUGUUGAUUAUUUUGAUCACCACUGGUGUCUUCAAUGCGAGUCGAUUGCCAACCGGAGUGACGGAGAAAGUUUGGAUAUACCGAAAAGAGCCAUCGAAGGCGGUGGGUAGGGUUUGUCAUGGGAUAAUAACCGCCCCAGGAUUGAGGGGUAUGUUGAUCGGUUAUCUCGACGGGCUUUUUGAGAGCUGGGGAACUGUGUAUUAUGGGAAAUGA